AUGGGGUUCCUCGGUAUACUCGAGGAUAACAAACUCGCACACGUGCCGGCCACGGUGACUCUCAGCGAGGAGCAGCACCUGUCCACCGAGUCAGCCAUUGGUUUGAAGCGUGGAACAGGCAGAGAUGCAGAGAUUAUCCUCAUCCCUCAGCCAUCUGAGGACCCGAACGAUCCCCUUAAUUGGAGCACGACAAAGAAAUGGGUCAUUAUGCUCAUCGUCGCAUACGGAUCUGUGUUGUAUGCUGCGGUUCUCUCUCCAUUACUGUCGCCGGCCUUGGUCAUUAUCGCAACGGACUUUAAGAAAGACGUUGCAGACAUCACCGUCAUCUCCGGCUAUAUGCUUCUGGUUACCGGCGGCGUAGGACCUCUUGUUAGUGCAUGCGCGCGAAAAUACGGAAAGCGUCCGAUGCUGUUAUUGGCAUCGUUGUUUGGCUUGCUCGGAACAGUGGUCGGAAGUGCCGUGUACAGCUACAAUGGAUUGCUGGCAGGGAGAAUCAUCCAAGGCGGAUCAGUCUCUGCUUUUGAGUCUAUCGUCGUGUCGAUGAUAGGCGACCUCUUUUUCGUUCACCAGCGAGGAACGUUCAUGACCCUGAUCCAAUUCAUUCUUGGCGCAGCAUCAAACUUUUCGGCCAUCAUCGUCGGACCCAUCGCAACAAAUCUUGGCUGGCGAUAUCUCUUCCACAUUCUCAUCCCCUUCACGGCACUCGAGGUUAUCUUGCUAUACUUCUUCGUGCCUGAAACGUCUUACAACCGCGAUCACCGAUACGACAUUGAUGAGCUAUCGCAAGACAAUUUGGCAGACCUCGCUGCCGUCGAGCAGAGACACGCGCACAUGGGCGAGAAGAGCGAAGACGAUAUGGUAAAGAUAGAGACUACAACAAGCACACCACCCGGUCUCAGACAGAAGAAGACUUUCGUGCAGGAGCUCGCCAUCUUUACUGGCACUUACAGCGAGGACAACCUACUACAGCUUAGCAUCGCACCCUUCGCCGUCUGCGCCAACGUCGCCGUACUAUGGAUGGUUAUUGUGACAGGCGGCUUGACAGCUUUCUUCGUUGCACAGUCAUAUGUCAUGGCACAAAUCUUCCAGGCACCUCCCUAUCUGCUCUCGGCGGCUGGCGUAGGGUACCUUUCUGUCGGCCCCUUCCUCGGAGGUCUUCUUGGAUCGAUCAUUCUUGGUGGAUCACUUGACCCUCUCAUCAAGUGGUGCGCAAAGAAGAACAAGGGCGUCUACGAGCCUGAAUACCGUCUACUAGGCAUGAUCCCAGCCGUCACGGUCAUCAUCGGACUCUGCCUCUUCGGCUACUUUGCCGAGCAAGGAGCUUCGUUCUACCUCACUGCCUUCUUCCAUGGUAUGGACUUGUUCGGUAUCGUGUGUGCUGCCAUCUCCGCCUCAUCAUACGUUCUUGAUGCGUUCCGUGACAUCAGCGCAGAAGUCUUCAUCAUCAACAUGGUUUUCAAGAACUUCUUGUUCUACGGCUUCUCGUAUUUUGUCAACGACUGGACUGCCACAAAGGGUCCGGCGAUCGUAUUUUACGUGUUUGGCGCAAUCUCAGCUGUCAUGGUCUUCACAGCCCCGAUUUUUUUCUUUUGGGGCAAGAAGUAUCGCAGCUACUGGUGCAGGAACAACUUGCUGCGUAAGUGGGGCAUUACUACUCAUGCUGAGAUGUAA